AUGAAGGAGGGAGAGUCAGGCAUGACAAUGGCUUUCACGAUUGAUGAGUUACGCAUGAAAGUUGCAUCUAGAGGAUGGAUUGUCAUGAUUGCGACUGUGCGGACACAGGCGCGAGAGUAG